GAGAUGGAAGAUUUCUUCAAGCUCAUGCCGGGGAUUCAGGCAAUGGAGGACGUGGAGGAGCCACCGUCAACGGUGCCCAACAAGAAGAGGAAGCUGGAGGAGACGGGAAAAAAGGGGCCCCCAAAGGGCAAGGGCAAGGGCAAAAGAAAGCAACAUCGAGGUCAGUCAGCCAGGGACUUCGAAAAUUCUUCGGACCUGCGCGGGCUGGUCAAGCACCUUGGCCACAUGGUUCUCAGACAAGCGGAGGCCCUCAAUCGACUGGAGUACGACACUUGCUUUCUCCUCAUGCUGGAGACCAAGCCGCAUCCGGGGACAGUGAUUCCAAGUCUCUUCAAGGUAGCCACCAGCUGGCGCAAGCAGAAGGAGGAGAAUCCUGCGGCACUGCAGCAGUCUCUGAGGCAGGUCAUGUUGACGUGCUUGAUCAGGGAGGUUCAGGCCCGGGCGGAGCUCACGCUGAAAACGCCGGGCGCGAAGAAGGAGGCGGAGCGGUUGGGCUUCUUGGAAGGGGAGGCCUGGGUUUACCAAACGUGGGAUCCGGAGAAGCAGCACAACGUGAGGGACACAACGCGGAAGCCGAUGCCAUUGGUGGACUUCAAUGCGCAAGCGGAGAGGAUGCUCAAGUACGUCCAGGGGACGGGGCUGACGCGCUUUCAGGCUCUCAAGACUAUCACCUCGGAUCUAGAAGGCCAGCAGAUCCCCUUCCUGUUGGACGUCUCUCUCAGGGACUCGUACCUUCACGACGUGCUCUUAGCAUGGACUCAGUUGUCGGUGUUCAGCCUCGUGGGAGGAAGGAUCCGGAGAUCGCGCAUCAAGCAGAGCCAGCAACAGGAGCAGCUCUACCGGAUGCUUCGCAAUCUUUGA